AGGAUUUUAACCUAUUCAUCUGAAUUUUUAAAAGAAACUCUUUUUAAUUAUGUCGGCUCUGUUUGCUUGCUCGAAAUGCUUCAGCAGGCACCCAUUUGAUGAACUGUCACAAGGGCAGCAGCUUUGCAAGGAAUGCCGUGGCUCUUUCCCCAUGGUUAAAUGCACCUACUGCAGGAGUGAAUUUCAGCAGGAGAGCAAGUCUAGCACUGUGGCCAUCUGUAAGAAAUGUGAGUCGAUGGUGAAGCAAUGUGGCAAGCCGUCUGCCUGCGACUACUGCAACAUCAUCGCUGCAUUCAUCGGGUCCAAGUGUCAGCGCUGUGCCAAUGCUGAGAGGAAGUACGGGCCUCCUCUCACCUGUGACCAGUGCAAGCAAAAGUGUGCCUUUGACCGCAAAGAUGAGGACAAGAGGAAGGUUGAUGGGAAGCUGCUGUGCUGGCUGUGCACGCUCUCCUACCGCCGUGCGCUCGCCAAGACGAAGGUGACAGAUCCUGCCAGACACUCGCACGUCAAGCUCAACAGCAGGUCUAGCCACUCCAGCAGCCGGGCUGACAAGGAGGGAUCCCGACAUCAAUCCCGCCAUCACUCAGGCGGUGGGAGCGGCGGCGGCGGUGGUGGGUCUCAGUUCCUCCACCACUCAGGCGGCCACUCGAGUGGGGGCCACUCGGCCCGUAUGAGUGGGCACAACAAACGGCCCAACAGGCCUGACGUUUCUAAGAUAGGCCUCAUAGACCCGGAACAGCCCCCGGCUAAAGUGGCCCGUAGGGCCGGACCCACACCCGCUGGUGCCCCUCAUGGUAGCGGCGCUGGCGUUCACCACCACCACCACCGCAGCGACAGCGAUCCCAACGUUGCCGAUCAUCUCGUGAUCAUCACUCAACUUAGGGAGCAAAUUGUUGGUCUGAAGAAGCAGUUAGCAGCUAAGGACCAGGCCUUGCUGGCCAAGGAUCGUCAGAUGACGGAGCUGAAGGCUUCGCAUUUCACCGACUCUCAGGAACUACGAAAGAAACAGCAAAUCUCAGACCGGGAGCUCGGGUCGCGCAUAACGAUGCUGCAGCUCAAAAUAAAGGACCAGAAUCGUGAAAUCGCUCAGCUGACCAAAGGUCGGGCCAAAUUGGUCGCUCAGAGCCGAAAAGAAACAGCCAACGCUGCCCUGGCCAACAUUACGGGCAUUUUGGCAGCAACGACUCCAAGAACUCCAAACUCUAUUCCUGGAGGCGCCCCUAACUCCAGGAAGCUGGGGGAGAAUGGAGUCACGUCUCAGCAGGACAAGAAGAAAAGAGCAACGGGAGGAGAGGAAGAAGAGCCUGAGGAAAAGAGCGAAAAGCCAAAGAAGAGGAUAACCAAAAAUGUAAUCGACGACGAGGAUGACGUGGAAGGUAAAAGUGAGAGCCCCAAUAGAAACGGUGGUCAAGUUUCUCGGUCGGCAAGUCGCUCUAGGUCCGGUAGUCCCAAAAAUGAUUCUAGAAAAUCUAGAUCGAUAUCGCCUUCCAGAUCAAAGUCAAGAUCUAGGUCAAAAUCGAAGUCCAGGUCUAAAUCACGAUCUAGAUCAAAGUCGAGAUCGCGAUCAAAGUCGAAAUCGAGGUCUAGGUCUCGUACUAGGUCUUCGUCUCGGUCUGAAUCAAGAAGCCCCGUCAAACCUUCAGGAUCAGCCAGUCCUCGUCGAGCCAAGUCUCCUCCUUCGAGAUCUGCAAGUCCUGCUGAUUGCGAGUCUCGCUCUAGGUCGAGACCCAAGUCUCCAGUCGAUGAGUCUUCUCGCCAGUCUCGCAACUCGAGCUACGAUCGUUCACGAGCCACGAGUGCUGACCGAACUCCUGACCGAUCUCGUGCGUCAAGUGCUCAGUCUCGAGAUGCCAGCUCCAAUCGGUCUCGAGAGUCAAGCCCCCAGUCCCGAGAAGCAAGUCCUGGUCGGUCUCGUGCCUCAAGUGCCAAUAGAUCUCGUGGUACAAGCCCUGAUCAGUCUCGUGAGGACAGUGUCAACGAGUCUCGCGGUGCCAGUCGAGACAGAUCUCGAGGUACAAGCCCUGAUAGGUCUCGAGGCACAAGCCCUGAUAGGUCUCGAGGCACAAGCCCUGAUAGGUCUCGAGGCACAAGCCCUGAUAGGUCUCGAGGCACAAGUCCUAACGGGUCUCGAGAUGCAAGCCCCAAUGGUUCUCGGGCAUCAAGUCCCGAUCGAGAAAAAAAUAGUGAAGAGUCUGCGUCAUCAGGCGGGAAUGAGUCGGAAUAACUGGGGGUCGGGGCUGAAUGAGUCUAACCAACCGGUGGUCGGGGCCGAACAAGUUAGACUAACUGCUGAUCGGGCGGGAAUGAGUCUGAACAACCGGUGGUCGGGCAGGAAUGCGGCGCACUAAGUGAAUUAUCCGCAUAUACAUUAUUAAAACUAAGAUUAGAUUACAUUAAAAAUUGCGCUCGAAAAUGUAUUUAAAGUGUCAGAAUUUAGAAGUUUUGUAACUUUUUGCCACUGGCUCGCUAUAGAUAAGGCUUGGAUUCACAGCGUUGAUUCCCUCGUUUUUAAACCAAGUUAAGCUUGUACAUAAAUCUUAACAUUGUCUUAUUAGAACAUGAUUAUCGGCUUGUAAUUUCACUGGAAAUACAAGCCGUGUAAGUUGAAGGUUUCUUUUGUGUCCAGUGAAACCUCAGAUUUCCAUCGUGUGGAAUUAUGCGCUCCCUGACAUUUCGUGUGUUUAUAAUCGCGUUCUGUUGGGAUUUGGGCUACAAUUUUACUCUUGUCUUGCUUUUGAGAAAUUCCAACUACAGUUCAUAUAACUAAUGCCCAAAUUUGAAGGCUAUUUUUGGAUUUGUUUUCAGCAUUAUUAAAGCCUAGCCAUAAAUUCUUAAUCCGUUGUGAACUUGAACGGGCAUCCGUACACUGCAAAUUUGGACACAAAGACCUGGUGUUGUGAAGACCGAUGCAAGUAAUUCGUCUCAAGUUGAAGGCCGUUCAGAUUUAUUGAUUUUUUAAAUCUUGACGUUUGUACUAUUUUUGAGACCUUAGUAUGGAUUGCCAAGAAUUUUUGCACAGUCUCGUUGAAAGACUCGUGAUAACAUUUUACUUAUUAGGUUUAGAUACUUCCUUACUGUGUUACUUAUCACUGUCCUAUUGUGAGACGACCAUCUCAAACAUAAUUGUCACGAAAGUGGAGGUUUUUGGUAAUGAUUUCUAGUUUUCUGGAGUUUCAGAUUAAUGUUACGGAUCUAUGUUACU